CCAUACUUAAUAGCAAGCUCUUCUCCGUGAUAUCUGGUUGGCGAUGGCUGGUGAUCAUCCGCUUAAUGCUGGCCACCGCGCCACUGCGUUCGCCUAGUACAACUGAUCUGGAGCCCUUGAAACCAUCGGCUAAAAAGGAUCAUCCUGUGUGCUUAUUCGGAAUUUCGAAUCUGCAAAUGGUUAUCUAUUACAAGAGGUACCCCAACGAUUGGUGGAUAUAUCGAUAUUCUGUCGCAAUAAUUUGGAUUCUCGAUGCCCUUCACGUAGCUUUGAGCACGCACGCGAUAUAUCACUAUUUCGUUGACUUAUUUGGGGACUACGUCGAGCUGUUUCACAUUGUCUGGAGUUUCAAGCUUCAAUUAUUGAUAUGUAUGGUCAUGAUCAUUUGGGUCGAAGCUUUAUAUGCCGUUAGGCUCUGGAGACUUGGUAGUCACUUCAACAGAAUUAUUUCGUGGAUUGUGAUUUUGACCGUCGCAGUGGCUUUGGGUGCUGGAAUCUUCUCUGUUUAUGAUGCAUACUCCAUAUCGAAUUUCCUGUUGAUACCAAGUAUCAAGGGAUCAAUAUGUGCCCUUUUUGCUGUGGCGGCAACUUCUGAUUUCAUUAUUGCGUUCUCGAUGUGUUAUUAUCUACACAAAAGCAGAGAAGCUUCUGCAUUCUCCAGCACGUCUGACAUGCUUUACGGUUUAAUGCGACUCGUCAUUAUAUCAGGCUUAGCCACAAGUGCGUGCUCGCUUCUCACCCUCAUCACCUAUCUGGCCUGGCAAAACUCUCUCAUUUUCCUAGGCGUCGAUUUAAUCCUACCAAAAUUAUAUGUUAACUCCUUACUUGCUAUGUUAAACUCUCGGAGGGACCAUCAUGUGACAAACGGUGCAUCUUCUACACCCAAAGUCCUUAGGUUCGCAUACCAAGGCCCUACUUCUGAAGCGAAUACUAUUAUUCCACCAAUGCAAAAUAUUGCGUCUUUGGAUCGCGCAAAGACGGGCCUCGAAUUCCAAGUAUGAGCAGAGAAUUGUAACAAAAUGUUCCGCGUAGCGUGUUAGGUAUUUGUAACCUGGUAUUCCGCUUGCCAGCGGAAUGCCUGUAAAAAAACCAGUCUGUCGACCGUAGAAAGGAAUUUCAAGGGCGGAUUCAAUAUGUACUCUUAAUGAACAGCAAAUGAAACAAAACGGUA